AUGACCCAACCAUUCCAUGUGAUAUCUACUCUUCGCUAUGACCCGGCACUGCUGGGAAUGGUCGAAGGAGCCCGGAAUUCUUACCCCGAUACUCAGUGCACGUCGCCGUACUACCUCCUUCCGUACCACCAAGACCGUCUCCUCAGCGCGGCACGCUGUUUCAACUGGACAGGCGCCAUCAAGUUCCUUGAGCAGGACCAGACAAAAUUCCUGAAGUUCCUGGAUGCUUUCAUUCCUGACUUGACAAAGCCGUGGCGACUUAGAAUUGCCAUCGAUAAGGAGGGGACUGGCACGGUCGAGGCCACCAUGGCUUCGCCUGACCCACUGAAUCUUCUCAUCCCCUCCGAGAUGGACGUUUUGUCCACCAUAUGGCGUGUACUUGUGGACUCCCAGGGGACCAUCCCCUCAGUAUUCACCACACACAAGACUACACGGCGUGACGACUAUACCGCAGCGCGUUUGCGGGCAGGAAUCGAAUCUCCACAGGAUCCCGCAGAGGUGCUGAUGGUGAAUCUGCAGGGAGAAGUUAUGGAGGGAAGCAUCACCACGCCGUACUUCAGGCGCCCCGCACUGUCAGCUCCACAUGGAGCUGAGCAGGCACGAAAGGAUAAAAUGCCGCAGUGGAUUACGCCGCCUCUUUCCAGCGGUGGGAAUGCAGGAACUACGCGGCGAUUCGCGUUGACGUAUGGGUUCUGCACCGAGGAGACUGUUUCUGCGUCCGAUUUGAGGGAUGGGGAAGAAUGCUGGCUCAGUAACGGGGUGCGAGGGUUCAUCCGAGGAAAAAUUGUUCUCUAA